CUCAUUUCACAAUCGUCCCGCCCAUGCUGUGCUGUGCCGGCGCUCCGGUCUAUUAGUCAAAGAGUUAUUCUGGUUUAGAUGACUUUCUACUGUCGCUACUCUCCUACUAUGCAGACAGACAACUGUCACUAAAGAAGACUCGUCACAGACUGUCAUGUGGUAAGAGAGGCCCCAGAGUAGUGUGCACCUCUGUGGACUCAUUUUACAGUCAACUCCAGCCCUCGUCUCUUUCCUCGUUGCUCCCCUGAAAACCUGAACAUCCUCCUCAGAAGGACAUUGGUUACUCCCCACAUUCCUCCUCAAUGGAAGGGAAAGGGCACACACGCAGCCGGCUGCUCAGGCUCAGGUCCACGAUGACGAGCAUGGGGCUCCAGAGGAGGCUAUGGCUGUGCUUCCUGGGUGUCAGCUUCCUGCCAGUCAUCUAUAUCAUCUAUUUGAACCUUGAGAUCACCUGGGGCAUGGACAACCUGAACCUGACACAAUUCCCUGGCAUCUGGUACACACAGGAACCCAAGAGGUUACAUGACCCUGAAGAACCUCUUGUUGUCAAUACGCUGUCAGAUAAUAGUAGUAUCGCACCACCAACACCUUUAAGUUUAAAGGUGAAGUCCACAUCCCCUGCCAGAGUCAGACCGUCAACAGAACUUGGAGCCAGGACUACCAAGGGCUCUGAUCUUAAAGGUGCUCUCCUCAAGUCCGCCAAACCAACAGAGCCACCCUUCAUUGGCGACAGCUACUACAGUGAAGAUGCCCCACCUCAAACAGACUGUCCAGACAGUAUUCGUAGCAGGGUGCCCCAGACAGACUUUGGGGUACGGUUUCUGGGCAGGAUCCCUGUGCUUCAGUGGGCCAAGCAUGCCACUCCAGAACAGUACCAGCGCCUCCGACUGUAUCCAGGGACUCAUGGCUGGGCAAACCUAGACUUUAACACUCUGGUGUCGACCCUAUCUGUUCUCAACACGUCAGCCAACUGGCACAUGUUUGAUGACUGGGCUCGUCGUAGCAACGGCUCACGGUGUGUCCGCUGUGCUGUCGUGGGCAACGGAGGGAUUCUGAAUGAGUCAAAGAAAGGCCAUGAGAUUGACCAGCAUGACUACGUAUUCAGGACCAACGGAGCUGUCAUUAAAGGCUUUGAGCAGGAUGUGGGCUCCAGAACAUCCUUCUACACGUUCUCCACCAACACACUCCGUAACUCCAUGAGGAGCUACGCCGGAGCGGGCUACAGAGGACCACCCCUCUCUGAGGAGACACGCUAUGUCUUCCUGCCAGACCAUGACAGGGAUUAUCUGCUGAUGAAAGCAGCUGCCACACACACUCCAGUAGAGAGAGGACCAGAAAGGAGCAAAACACCUCCCACAUACUUUGGAGGAAAUGUGACCGUAGAAAAGUUGAAGAUGUACCAUCCAGAUUUCAUACGCUACAUCAGAAACAGGUUCCUCCGGGCCCACGCCAUGCAGACCAAAUACAAGGACAUCUACCGUCCAUCAACAGGUGCUGUGAUGCUGCUGGCUGCGAUACACACCUGUGACCAGGUGAGCGCGUAUGGCUUCAUGACUCCAGAUUAUGUGAAAUAUUCCGACCACUACUUUGACCGCCAAUAUCACCCAGUGGGUUUCUUCAUUAACCACGACAUGAGGAUGGAGAUGGCACUGUGGCAACAACUCCACCGUGCAGGCCUCAUCACUCUCUACAUGCGCCAGUGAACUCAGGAACUAACUCACUCAAGGUUGCUACGGCAACGACCACCUCCCGUAGGAUUAAAAAAAUAGUCAUAAACUGUAUAUUUAUAUAUUAUUGAACAAAAAAAUAUAAAUUCAACAUGGUGUUGGUUUUAUGAGCUGAAAUAAAACAUCCCAGAAAUGUUCCGUAUGCACAAAAAGCUUAUUUCUCUCAAAUGUUGUGCACAAAUUUGUUUACAUCCCUAUUAGUGAACAUCUGCCAUCUGACAGGUUUGGCAUUUUAGGCAGAGUUCCUCUGUUCAGUGUCUGUGUUCUUUUGACCAUCUUAAUCUUUUAUUGGCCAGUCUGAGAUAUGGCUUUUUCUUUGCAACUCUGCCUAGAAGACCAGCAUCCCGGAGUCGCCUCUUCACUGUUGACGUAGAGACGGGUGUUUUGCAGGUACUAUUUAAUGAAGCUGCCAGUUGAGGACUUGUGAGGCGUCUGUUUCUCAAACUAGCCACUCUAAUGUACUUGUCCUCUUGCUCAGUUGUGCACCGGGGCCUCCCACUCCUCUUUCUAUUCUGGUUAGGGCCAGUUUGCGCUGUUCUGUGAAGGGAGUAGGUCACAGCAUUGUACGCGAUCUUCAGUUUCUUGGCAAUUUCUUGCAUAGAAUGACUUCCAUUUCGCAGAACAAGAAUAGACUGAGUUUCAGAAGAAAGUUAUUUGUUUCUGGCCAUUUUGAGCCUGUAAUCGAACCCACAAAUGUGGACGCUCCAGAUACUCAACUAGUCUAAAACAGGCCAGUUUUAUAGCUUCUUUAACUAGCACAACAGUUUUCAGCUGUGCUAACAUAAUUGCAAAAGGGUUUUCUAAUGAUCAAUUAGCCUUUUAAAAAUGAACUUGGAUUAGCUAACACAGCGUGCCAUUGGGACACAGGAGUGAUUGUUGCUGAUAAUUGGCCUCUGUACGCCUAUGUAGAUAUUCCAUUUAAAAAAUGUAAUUUACAACAUUAACAAUGUCUACAUGUAUUUCUGAUAAAUUAGAUGCUAUUUUAAUGGACAAUUUAUAUUUUUUGCUUUUCUUUCAAAAACAAAGACAUUUCUAAGUGAGCCCAAACUUUAGAAUGCGUGUGUGUACACACAGUACCAGUCAAAAGUUUGGACACCCCUGCUCAUUCACAGGUUUUUCCUUAUGUUUACCAUGUACUACAUUGUAGAGUAGUGAAGACAUCAGAACUAUGAAAUAACACAUAUGGGAUAAUGUAGUCACCAAAGCGGUGUGAAACAAAUAAAAAUAUAUUUUAUAUUUGAGAUUCUUCAAAGUAGCUACUCUUUGCCUUGAUGACCGCUUUGCAUACUCUUGGCAUUCUCUCAACCAGCUUCAUGAGGUAGUUACCUGGAAUGCAUUUCAAUUAACAGGUGUGCCUUCAAAUGUAAUAUGUGGAAUUUCUUUCUUAAUUUGUUUGAACCAAUCAGUUGUGUUGUGACAAGGUAGGGGUGGUAUAGAGAAGAUGGCCCUAUUGGGUAAAAUUCCAUAUUAUGGCAAGAACAGCUCAUCAGCAAAGGGGAAACGACAGUCCAUUACUUUAAGACAUGAAGUCAAUCCGGAAAAUGUCAAGAACUUUGAAAGUUUCUACAAGUGCAGUCGCAAAAAACCUUCAAGCUCUGUGAUGAAACGGAUGUUCUCCGCAUGUGUGGUUCCCACCGUGGAGGUGUGAUAGUGUGGGGGUGAUUUGCUGGUGAUUUACUGUGAUUUAUUUAGAAUUCAAGGUCACACUCAACCAGCAUGGCUACCACAGCCUUUUGACACACAUAUACAGAGAUGUAUAUAUACAAAACAAUGUGGACCCCUUGCUCGUCGAACAUCUCAUUCCUAAAUCAUGGGCAUUAAUAUGGAGUUGGUCCACCCUUCGCUGCUUUAACAUCCUCCACUGUUCUGGGAAGGCUUUCCACUAGAUGUUGGAACAUUGCUGGGGGGACUUGCUUCCAUUCAGCCACGAGCAUUAUUGAGGUCGGGCACUGAUGUUGUGCAAUUAGGCCUGGCUCUGAGUCUGCGUUCCAAUUCAUCCCAAAGUUGUUUGAUGGGUGGAGGUCAGGGCUCUGUGCAGGCCAGUCAAGUUCUUCCACACUGAGCUCGACAAACCAUUUCUGUAUGGACCUCACUUUGUCCAUGGGGGCUGUGUCAUGCUGAAACAGGAAAGGGCCUUCCCCAAGCUGUUGCCACAAAGUUGGAAGCACAGAAUUGUCUAGAAUGUCAUUGGAUGCUGUCGCAUUAAGAUUUCCCUUCACUGAAACUAAGGGGCCUAGCCCGGAUCAUUAUUCCUCCUCCACCAAACUUUACAGUUGGCACUAUUGCAUUCGAGCAGGUAGCGUUCUCCUGGCAUCCGCCAAACCCAGAUUUGUCCGUCGCACUGCCAGAUGGUGUAGAGUGAUCCAUCACUCCAGAGAACGCAUUUCCUCUGCUCCAGAGUCCAAUGGUGGCGAGCUUUAUAUUUAGACUCACUAAAUGGUUCCUCUACAGAUGACUCACUAAAUGGUUCCUCUACAGAUGACUCACUAAAUGGUUCCUCUACAGAUGACUCGCAAUGUAGUACUGUGAGAACAUAUAGUACUCUCCUAUUUUUGCUGGAGUUUAUUUUCAACAGCUCUCUUGUCCCAUGGGAUAACCUUCCUGACUCUUAUUGCUGACGAUGUGCUGAGUGAUCCAUUGUACUGAAACACAAAGGGGCGUAAUGUUUAUCGUUUUUGUCUUUUCACUUUUUUUUGUUGUUGAAUGUACGUUAAUUUAAUAACACAUCUAUUAUGAAUAAAGAAUUACGUUUGUG